AACGGAAAUCCCUAAAACUAAAACAGUGCAUUCUUUCUCCAUUCUCUUUCUUCAAGCACCUUACGCCCACUCCCCCUGCCCCAGCAGCAGACAGUUCCACUCUACUCUCCAGGGUCUCCACUGUCCGUUCAUAGUAGCACAUAGUUCACUACAUCUCCCCUCCACCACGGACAAUUGUUGUUACCACAACGCCCCCGAAACGCAGUAGCUGCACGCUUCGGGCCGAAGCCGACGAGUAGCACCUCCACUGCAGAGACUGCACUUCAUUGAGAAUGGCGGAGGAAGAGCCCAAAAUUAGUGGAAUUAGUUCGUCUAUCACUGGGGGUAGUCCGAAGUCAAGCGGUAGGAGUGCAAAAAGACUGAAAAAGGAGAAAGGAAGCCGAUUAUUAAAGAAAACUGUGGAGGCUGAGGAAAGCCAAAAUGUUAGUAGAGAGAGGCUGAUGGAAGAGAAUUUAAAAUGUAAUGAUGGAAUUUUAGAAAGUGGACGGACUAAACGGAACAAAAAAUUGUUGAAGGAGGCUGCUAAUAUUGAGGUAAAAAACAAGGACACAAAAAUAUGCACUCUGGAGGAGAGUAAUCCAAAAUCAAAUGAUGAAAGGUUAAAAAACAAGAAAAAUAGAAGAAAUAAAGGAUUUUUGAAGGGAUCUUAUAAAUUUGAGGAUGAGCUAGAGAAAGAUGGAGAGAGUGUUCCAGAGGAGUUUAAUCCAAAAUCUACUGAUGGAGGGUCAGAUAAUGAGAUUAAUGAAACAGAGAAUGCGAUGUUAGAGGGAGCUUAUGAAUCUGGGAAACAGCAAGAGGUUGAUAUAAAGGAUCUUCAUGAGGAGGGGAAGCCAGAAUCUGAUAGUGGAAAUUCAGAGAGUCGUAGAAGUAAAAAGAAGCAGAGAUUAUUAGAGGAAGCUGCUAAGGCUGACCAGUGCGGAGUUUGCUACUUGAGUCGAAUUCCUCCCCACAUGGAUCAUGUAAAGCUUCGCCAGAUUCUCUCUCAAUAUGGGGAGAUACAUCGGAUUUAUCUUGUACCUGAAGGUCCUGCAUCCCAAGUACCUCGUAAGCGAGCAAAUCGUAAGCGAGAUGGUGGAUUUCAAGAGCAAGUUUUUUCAGAAGGGUGGGUUGAGUUCACCAAGAAAAGUGUUGCAAAGAGGGUUGCUAAUGUGUUAAAUGGUGAACAAAUUGGUGGAAGGAAAAGGUCUUCUUUUUAUUAUGAUCUUUGGAAUAUCAAGUACCUAAGAAAAUUCAAAUGGGAUGAUCUUACUGAAGAAAUUGCUUACAAGAGUGCUGUUCGGGAGCAGAAACUAGCUCUAGAAAUUUCUGCUGCAAAGAGGGAGCGGGAUUUCUAUUUGUCUAAAGUUGAGAAGUCCCGUGCUUUGAGCUCUAUAGAAGAACGAUUAAAGAAGAAGCAAAAAGUGCAAAAGGAAUCUGGAACCGAUUCUGAGCUCUCUGUUGGCCAGCAGCCAACAAAAGUGAUUCGUCAAUUCCCACAGAAGCAACCAGUUGCAGAUAAUAUAACACAAAGUAAACCUCGACUCUCAAAAGACAUCCUAGCUGGGGUAUUUGGUGGUGCCCGAUGAUUGGAUUUUCCAGUGAAGAAAAGAUUUUAAAUUGAAAUACAGAGUGCCAGAAUAUUUAUACAUGUGCUGAGGUAUCGUUAACUAGUUUGUUUUCACACGUCUCAGUUCAUGAACAUUUUUGACAUAACAGUAGCACAUGGUGAUUUUUGCUAUAAUUCUACAAUGUCCCAAGCAUUGUAGUGGGAGCCUUGUUAGAAACAUUUUUUUACCUUGCCCAUAUUGAUGAUGGAAGUUCUGCUAA